AUGGCUGGUCGCCACUACGUCAGCCCCGAGGAUGAGCGGGCAUUUGUUUCCAUUUUUGCCAAGGACCCUGAGUGCAGCGAGUGUUUCGAGUGCGGAGCCCCCUCCCCGCAGUGGUGCGAUGUCAUGCACGGCACCUUCAUUUGCCUAAACUGCAGCGGGCAGCACCGCGGUCUCGGUGUGCAUCUGUCGUUUGUCCGCAGCUCCACUAUGGACGGCUGGAUGAAGUGGAAGCCAGAGAAGCUGCGUCAGAUGGAGCUGGGCGGCAACCGCCGCGCGCGACUGUACUUUGAGGCGCACAAAGUACCAAAGACCCCCUUGAAAGCCCGCUACGAGUCGCUCCCAGCUCUCCGCUACGCAGACAUGCUCGAGUCCGAGGCGCUUGGCAGGCCUUUCAACGAGGCGUCCUGGCAGCCGCCAGCCUGGUACACGCGACUCAAAGCCGCGGCGAGCCUCUCAGGGCCGUCCCCAACGUCAUCGUACCCGCAAACGGACCCAAGCCGCUUCGCCGGUGUUGGCUCGAAUGGGCAUCCGCACGUGAUGCCGGGCAGCGGGGGCGGCGACAGUGAGUGGUACUCCGCGCUCUACAGCGGAUGGAGCGCCGUGUCGCAGAAAACAGCCGAAUUAGCGCAGCACGCCACGAAAGCAGUUCAGAGCGCCGACGUGGAGGGGAUGCGCAGCACCUUGGCGCAGAAGUGGGCGGGCGUUUCAGCCACAGUGUCCACCUACGCCGCGGACCUGCAACAGCGAAUAGCGCAAGGCAGCGCCCGCGACAAUGACGACGGCCUUGACCGCAUGAUCCAAAACGCGCGCCAGGCGCAGAGGGAGAGCGGCGUAGACAGCAGUGCUGCUGUCCAGAGGCGAUACGGCCACAUUCAAGGCAGCAGCGGCGACGGCCCUGGCUUGGGCGUCGCCGUGCAAGCGAAGCCGGUCGGUGCUGCCUCACUUGAGUCCUCGACAGUAUACCAAGGGCGAGUGCUGUGGCAGAGCGCGUCUGCAAGCUCGCCAACGGAGAGCGCCACUGCCUCUGUGUCGUCUGGUUGGGGCUCACCCACUCGAGCCAGUCCCAGUACCGCACUUCCUCAAAUCCAACCGACAACGAGCCGCCCCGUGAACCCGCUCGGUGGAGGAGGAGGUGGUGGUGGUGGUAGCUCCUCCCCUCCUGCAUCGCAGUUGACGAAGAAGGACGAGUGGGCUUGGGAUGACGAGAACAUCUAA